GUGGAGGCUGAGCCGAGCGGGUGGGGCCUGGCUCGGUUCAGAGACAGAUUGUGCUCACUGACCGGAGACUCCUCCAGCUUUUUAUUUAUCCAGCCCAAAAUCAAACUGCAUGUGUGACCCGAGGUCGGCCUGCUGCUGCUGGACCGAAGCUGCAGUCAUUUUCCCGAUCAGCCACAGAUGGAUGCUGCUCUGUCCUAAAGGAGGAGGAGGAUUAAAAAAAAACAACACAUUUGCUGGCAUUUUCGCAGGAAAGGCAUGACUCUUUCUUUAUUAUAAGGACGACAUCUCCGCUCUUAGCAAUGCGAAGCGCCUUGUGAUUUUCAUUUCGCGAUCCUGUCAAAUAAUUAUGAACAACGCGCAAGAUAUGUCGCCCGAUUUCGUGUUGAUGCGCCUUGUGUCCGCAGCCGAGGAGGACCGCUUGGAGGCAGAAAACGGGAAUUUGCCGACGGGAGGAGUGGUGGUCGGGCUGGGGAAAGAUGUUCUGGCUCACAGCGGCGUUAAAUCGGCUUUGGAUAUCAGCCGAGAUCCGACGGACACGGCGGGGCUGGAGCAUCCCAGCAGCCUCCUGAACAAAGGCCAGCCGAGCAGCGACACCACGGCGGCACCUGACAGCGGGGGGACGGAGGGCCGGGCCCCUCAGAGCUCCAUGGACCCCCAGGGGUUCGACUUCGUCCCCAGCCCCGGCCUGCGACCGCAGCUGCUUGUCUUCUCCAAUAUAAUGCGCAAUGGAGAUGGGAUUUUGGAUUUAGACCGUCGGGAUGCGCUGGAACUGGGCCCAGCUGUUAACAACAACACCCCGAGUCCUGGAGAUGUCGAGCGACACCACGACCUGCUGGAUCAGAGACCAUCAACCUUGCAGUCUUCCGCCGAUUCAUCUGCGGAGAGUCCGGGAUCUGCCGAGUUGUGCCACCGGCAUCGAUUCAUCACCAACCCCCACAAUUGGCCCCUAUUAUCGGACAGAUCCGGACCCCUUCCCGGAGGCGACUCUAGGGGCCAAGAGGACGCCGUGUUUGAGUUGGCAAGGCGGUUUGGUGAGCUGGGGGUCGGAGCGGUACCCAGGAUGCUGUUUAAAGGAGCUGAGCUGCCGCAGUGCUCCUGCCAGGGCGCACAGGGUUCGGUAGAUGGACAAGCAGAACCAAGAGACGACCCAACGGAGACCAGCGAUGCCCUUUUGGUCCUGGAGGGGCUGGGGAGUAGGGGUAUUAAUGGCUUGGGUAUGGAGGAGUGUCCGGAGGUUGGGUUGGAUGAUGAAAACGGACAUGGUGAGUUUUUACUCAAAAGGAAACGGGAAAUAAUCCAUAAGAUGUCUGGGACUUUCUCCAUCAGCAGCUUCCAAGUGGAACUGAGGACACAGAUCGAAAAGAUGGGCCUGCCGACGACCCAAGCAGGUUCUGAAGGUUCCGUUCAGGUUUUAGCCAAGUCAUCGACACCUGCCCAGAACUCACCUUGGACCACCACGCCAAACCCAAGCCAAGCUUCUACGCCCAGAAGAGCGAAGCGGUGCACCAGUGCGCCCCGGACUCCCACGUACCGGGUUGCAGGUGGAGAGAAGACGUUCAAAGUUCCGGGCAAGUCCAAAAAGAACUCGUUAAAGACCCGAUUGAGUAAACUGUUCCGGACUAAAAGCUGCAGUGGGUCGAGUCACAUGCUGGACAAGAGACCCUCGGUAUCUUAUUCAGUGUCCUCAGCCAUGAGUCUGGUGGACAUGGAAGGUGGAUCUGGAGCCGAGCAGGAUGCCGACAGCCACAGGGAACCCAGACUGACCAGGGCCCACAGUGCCUUCUCCCCUGCCUCUCUCUCUGCCUCCCUCUCUGCCUCCCUCUCGACUUUCACUGGUGAAACAGUUUCUCUGGUGGAUGUGGAUAUUUCUCUACGAGGGUCGAACACACCGCAUCCUCCAACUCCUCCACGCCGAAGCCUCAGUCUGUUGGAUGACAUAGCGGGGCCUCAACCGGGGCCUUUCCUAGUUAGUAUUGUGGGCGCCUCCCUGCAGUCUCUCCCUCUUCCUCACCCUCCUCCUGCUCCUCCCUCCCACUCCACCAUCCAGCACAGUCUCAGCCUCAAUGAUGCCUUUUUCCGGGCCCUUCCUCAUUCGAAUCCUUUGCCGUCGGACGCCGCUCCACCAACGAGACGUGCUGCUCCUCCGGUGCUGUGUGCGCUGCGGCGAUCCGAAGCCAGCAACUUCACAGCUAGUCUGAGAGAGCUGGAGAAGUGCGGCUGGUACUGGGGCCCUAUGAACUGGGAAGACGCUGAGGUGAAGCUGAAGGGUAAACUCGACGGCUCGUUUUUGGUCCGAGACAGUUCUGACCCCAGAUACAUCCUGAGCCUGAGCUUCAGGUCGCAGGGAGUCACACACCACACGCGCAUGGAGCACUAUCGAGGGACAUUCAGCCUGUGGUGUCACCCGAAGUUCGAGGACCGCUGCCAUUCUGUGGUGGAAUUCAUCGAGCGCGCCAUCAUGCACUCCAAGAACGGCAAAUUCCUCUACUUCCUCCGCUCCAGAGUCCCAGGGCUUCCACCAACUCCAGUUCAGCUCCUGUAUCCUGUGUCCCGCUUCAGCAACGUCAAGUCAUUGCAACACCUCUGUCGCUUCUGCAUUCGGCAAAUAGUCCGCAUCGACCACAUCCAAGAGCUUCCACUGCCUAGAUCACUGAUCUCCUACCUUAGUAAGUUUUAUUACUACGACCCUGAGGAGGAGAUGUACCUGUCAAUCAAUAGCAUUCGGAGGGUCGUAGCAGCAGAGCAGGAGGCCAACCCGCAGACGUAGCAGCAACAUAUCCUAACCCAAAGUCUCUAAUGGAGGACUUAUCUGUGCUGGCCUGCAGGUCUUCCAGCAUCGGUCUCUGGAAGAGUGUAUACAGCCAAACUGGAACAGACUCUGUAUGGUACUCUGUUUAUCGCUUUCUGGAGAAAAAUGAUGGAAAACUCCCCCCCCCCCCUGCUGUUUCUAAAUCAGAAGAACUAAGAGAAAAGUUACUGACAGAAACUAAAAGAGCCUCGGUCAGCUCUGCUUUCCCGUUUCCUGAACCAGCUGGACUUUUAAAACAUGAUGCACUGGUCGAUUUGUAUAACUGUUGUUCCAAGGUAAAGGCCUUGUUUUUCUUUCUAUUUUGUAAAAACUUGGAAUUUUGGAUUUAGAGACGCCAGCAGGACGUCUCUAAAGCCAGCAGGACAGAAACUCACCUCGAGGCAAGGCAAGCCGGCCACCAGCACUGACAAGAAAACCUCAGACCUCUCUGGAAGACGGGUUCCUGCUUUUUGUGGAUGCAGUGACCGUUCCUUAUGUUGCUGUCAGUCAAACAUGGAAAAAAGAUGUUAUAUUUAGGAAUAAAGACGCCCCUUCAGCCUCAGUCCUGCUUUAUCUGCUGUGGUGUUUACCAAUCGAAUAGUCAUAAACCCGUGGAAGCUCAGAGCCGAUGUUUUCCAGUUGGAUUGACGAGUCAAUCUGGAGAAAACAAAGCUUGUUUUGUCAACAUCACAAGGUUAUUGGUGUGUGUUAAACCUGAGUCCGUCCUUCAAAUGCAUGUCGUUGUGCAUGCAGGCACUUCUGGAGAAAACCAUCGGGACAUUAUCUCGUUAUCUCAAGGAAAACAUUGGAAAAUUAACUCGUUAUCUCAACGGAAAAUUAACUCGUUAUCUCGAGAAAACAUUCGGGAAAAUUAAUUUAUCAAAGUCAAAGUUUAUUCAUGUAGCACAUUUACAACAACUCCAGUUGACCAAAGUGCUUCACAAUAGUCACAACAUCAUAGGUAGAUAAAUUCAAGUUUGGUAAAAAUAACAAGACAAAUACAAAAUUGGCAAAAAAUACCAAAAACUAAUAAUAUGAAUAAAAACCAAAACAAUUUAUGUCGAGAAAACCACCGGGAAAACACUGAAAACGUCCGCUCUUGGCUUCUGUAUAAACCUAUAAUGUUGCAACUCUUGUAUUUUCUCCAAUUAUUGAGAAUCUUUAGAUCAGGAUUGUUUUUGUACCAGCCAAUCUCCUUCACUCAAACCGACAUGAACUGAAAAUACAAAUCAUGUAAAAAUAUGGUCAGAAUAUGUUGUGAUCAGAAAAAGGCUGAAUUUUCUGUUGGUACAGCAUUAAGUCAUCAACCAGAUGUCCCAAAAUACAAAAGUUUUAUGCUGUGGGUUGAAGACGUUUUAAAAUUCGUCUCAUGUUUCUAUGAUAUAAUGAACAAUCAAAAAUAUUUCACAGGUUUUAAGGGCUUUUAUCUAAUCUAAGAAUGUUUAUUUAUAUUUUGACACAAAAUCAAAAUUCUGAUUUUUUUUCUUCAUUGGCCCUAAUCCUGUUCCGUAGUUUCAUUUGUAUAGAACUAAAUUACAUCAGAUGCUGAAAAUUAUUAAAUUACAAACAGAGAGAUUUUAAUAGCUUGUUGAUGAGAAUACAUUAUGCUACAAACGGCCCUUUGAGAUUAAUGAUCUUGAUGUGACUCCGUAUAUGAAAUCAAGAAAAAUGCUACUCAAAUGUUCCCUCAUUGGCCCAACAACAAAAUAUCCAUUUAUUUGUUUAUUUCAUUCAUUCACAGUUUAAAAUGCCACAUCUUGACAUAAAACUAAAGUUUUGAAUUAAAAGUGGAGAAAAAAAAUCUCAUUAUUACAAAUAUGUCGUCAUACUACUCUAUGCAGAAACUCUGUCUGCACUAAUGAAGAUUCAAUCAUUACCAACUGGUAAAACACCAGAACACAAACACUACUGACGGUGCAAUAAAACUUUUUAACACAUGACCAAACUUUCUCCAUGAAACGUGAAUCAUUUAUUCUGACUAAUAACCGGGUAAAACUACUUUUUGACACCAACAUGCCAGGCAGGAAUGGAACCAGCAGCUUAACCGUUUCUAACACACAUCUGUUCCCCUGCAGGUUCUGGGCUGAAGUUUUGGCAAUGUGAACUUUCACCACUAAAAUUAAGACCAUGAUGUGUUUAAAUCGAAUGUUCACAGCCAAAACUCCCAACUACAACACUCCACAUUCACUUGUUUCCAUUUUUUCCUUUUCUUUUUGCUGGACGUUUCCCAGAAUGCCUCUGUGCAACAGCCCUCAUCUAUUUACCUUCACUUCUCUGCAGUUUACAUGUUCUUCACUAAAAAGUGUCAAAAUCAGGAAACCAGAUGUUUACCACUGUUUCACCAUUUACGGUGGAUUCCUCUCUUUAGAUUGAAUUCUGUUUGCUGGUUUAAAGUAAUAAACACCAAAUAAAUGUAAAGAAACUUCCCAUGAUUUGGUUUUACGGUGCUGGAAGUUUUACAGGAUAAGCUAAUAUUUCAUUUUAUUUUUUAAACCUUGCCCUGCCUCUUGGUGUAUGUCUUCCAUACCUGUUCCCUCCCUGCCUGUUGGGUUUAUUUGCUGAAAUGCCCAGAUGUUUUUCUCUGUAUCCUGAUUCUCUGUAUUCAGGACUUUGAGUAAAAGAGAAAAACAAUA